CCUCAGUCACUGUCAAUGUCACGACACUGAUUACCAACUCCACCACUGCCUACCCUGGGUUUCUGCCCUCUCUGUUGGACAAGAUCCCAUUGCCAAGAUGGGCCAUCUAUGCAAUAAUUGCCCUGAUCCUCCUGGUGUUUUUAAUUUGUAUGCUGUGCUGCUGCAUAAAGUGCUGCUGCAAAGGAAAGAAGAAGAAAAAGAAGCAGAAUCAGAAGUUCAGUCUGAAAGGACUGAACGGCACCAGUACAACAUCACUGGUGCAGCCUGACACGGGGGAUGUAGAGUAUGGAUCACUUAACCAGCCACGAGGGAAGCUGCUGUAUUCUCUGGAGUACAAUGCAGCACGCUCAGAGAUGACUGUCGGAGUGAAAGAAGCUGCAGAAUUAAUGGCUAUGGACUCCUCAGGAACAUCUGACCCCUAUGUAAAAGUUUACAUUCGUCCCAACAAGUUCAAAACCUAUGAGACCAAAGUGUUUAGAAAAACUCUGAACCCAGUGUUCAACGAGCACUUUAAGUAUCAGAUUUCUCAGAAGGAUCUCAGCGAGUCUAUCCUCAUGAUGCAGGUGUAUGACUUCAACAGAUUCUCCAAACAUGAUGUGAUUGGUGAGCUGAGACUGGAGCUCUCUACUGUGGACUGGAACCAUGUGAUUGAGGAGUGGACAGACCUGAAUGCACCCUCAAAAAAUGAGCAAGAACAUCUGGGUGAGAUUUGUUUCUCCCUGCGUUAUGUCCCCACUGCAAGUAAGCUCACUGUGGUGAUUCUGGAGGCCAAGAACUUAAAGGAUAUGGACAUUGGAGGUUCUUCAGAUCCAUAUGUUAAAAUCCAGUUGGUUCUGGACAAGAAGAAGUGGAAGAAAAAGAAAACAUCGGUGAAGAAGCAAACACUGAAUCCUUACUUCAAUGAAUCCUUUACAUUUGAUGUGUCAUUUGAUCAGAUUCAGAGAGUCCAGUUGGUGAUCUCUGUGUGGGACCAUGAUAAAGUGAGCAGGAACGAUGCCAUUGGGAAGAUCUUCCUGGGAUGUGAUGCUACAGGAAACCAGCUGCGGCACUGGGCAGACAUGCUGUCAAACCCACGCAGGCCGGUGGCACAGUGGCAUACACUGCUUUCAGCCGAGCAGGUGGACACAACUCUGGCCUUAAAACACACACUGAGGAUCCCAUUCACUAAUAAGACUUUUUGAAAGUGUCAACACUUCAUUUUGCUAUUUUGUGAACGACUUGGUGCCAUUUGUUUUCAGGAACAUGUAAUUUCUGACAAUUUUUUUAAAAAGUGGAGGUUGCUUAUGUUGCUUUAUUUUAAAAUGUGUACCUACAAGCUGUGUAGCAUUUUGAAAUGUAAACAAAAUUACUUUAUCAAUCUGUAGAGUAUGUCCUGAAAUGUUUUGAUUUAUAAAUAACCUCACUGAUACACUGUCCAUGAAGAGAUGUUUGCACAGGUGGUACGACGCAUGUUGAAGACUUUAUAUGUAAUCCAGUACUUUGUCUAAACACAUAUUCCUGAUAAUACUAGAGAGAGAGAGAGAGAGAGAGAGAGAGAUAUGAUUGUCCUUUAAUUAAUAAAUCAGUAAUUUAAAAAAUA